AUGGAGGGAGAGCCGAUCCCCGACUCUCCAUCUCGCCCGGGUUUGCGGCUGCAGGCGACCAGCUUUCCCGGAUUCGCUGCGCCCUCUCUCUCGCCAUCCUUCAAGUUAGACGAGGGUUAUUCGGAUGAGACGCGAAGCCAGUCGGACAAGGAUAUCGGUUUAGACAAUGUCAUAAUGCUUCCAGAAUGGGUCCUCGCCCAAAGUGAAGCCGAUCGAGCUGAACUCGCAUAUAGCCUCCUCCGAUCUCUUUCCACCUCCGCCCUCUCUGCAGUGGUCGACCGUCUUAAUCCACUGCUUCACAUGGACCCCGUUGUCAAGCUGCCCCCAGAACUUACGUUCGAUAUCUUCUCUUAUCUCAACCCUAAAGAUCUCUUGACUGCGUCGCUCGCGUCUCGUUCAUGGCGCAGUCGAAUUCUCGACUCUGGUCUAUGGAGAGUGUUAUACAUCAAUGAAGGUUGGCGGGUGGACACACGCGCCGUUCGCAGCUUCGAACAAGAGCAUGCCGAGGCACUUUCACCUCAAACCCGGCGGGCACGCCCUCGACAUUCAGAACCGGACCUGGGAGAGCCGAAGCAUAAGAAGCGCGUCCCUCCCACAUGGCUGAAUUCGCGUGGUGCUGAGGGGCAUGGAACAGCAGAGGCUAACGGCCAGGCUUCCACUGAAGCGGAUGACGAAGGUGAUCACCACAUGGCCGACGCAAUCGAGCGAACGGGGUCUUUUUCAGUAGACGGUAUGGGUCAUGUGGCUCCAACGUCUUUCCUAUCGCUUCCAUCAAUGCUCCAGCCACCUCUCCAGUCUUCAUUACUCACGCGUUCCCCCAAUGGGAGCGUCAAAGUCAACUGGGUCCAUCUGUACAAACAGCGCCGAAGGUUAGAAGCAAAUUGGCACCAUGGCCGAUAUAAGAACUUUCAACUACCGCACCCGUCUCACAUGGAUGAAGCACACAAGGAGUGUGUUUACGCAAUCGAAUUCCAAGGGAAAUGGCUAGUCAGCGGAAGCCGGGAUAGAACCGUGCGAGUUUGGGACUUGGAGACGAAGCGCUUAUGGCAUCGCCCGUUGGUAGGCCACGCAAAAUCAGUACUGUGUCUUCAAUUUGACCCAAGUUCUGAAGAGGACGUUAUCAUCUCUGGCAGCAGUGACAAGAGCGUGAUAAUUUGGAAGUUCUCAACCGGUAAAAAGAUCCAUCAAAUUACCAACGCACAUGCCGACUCCGUUCUGAAUCUCAAAUUUGACCAUCGCUACUUGGUGACCUGCUCAAAAGACCGCACAGUUAAGGUUUGGAAUCGUCGGGAGCUAUCGGCCUUGGAUGAGGAUUAUCCGCGCAUCUGCAGAGGUGGCGGGGCCACAUACCCCUCAUACGUCGUCGACCUGGCAGACAUCGCACCCAACAUUCUUGAAGCGGGUAUUGCAAAUGGGCAUAUCAAAUCUAUACAAGCAAACUCUCUUCUCAUGACUGUGGAGGGGCAUGGGGCCGCAGUCAAUGCAAUGCAGCUCCAUGGCAAUGAGAUUGUGACGGCUUCCGGUGAUCGCAUGAUUAAGGUCUGGAACAUUCGCAACGGUUCUUGUUUAAAGACUUUGAUGGGUCAUGAGAAGGGCAUUGCAUGUGUCCAAUUUGACAGUCGCCGCAUUAUUAGCGGCAGUAAUGACAACACAGUGCGCAUAUAUGAUCACAUCUCCGGUGCAGAAGUGGCCUGUCUACGAGGACAUAAUAACCUUGUGCGAACUGUUCAGGCAGGGUUUGGCGACCCACCCGGCGCCGACGAGGCUCUCCGGCUCGAGGCCCAGGAGGUUGAGAACGAGUUCUUCAAAGCACAAGCUGCUGGCAUCCCCGUUGAUCUCGGUCCAAGAGCUUUACGCCGGGCUGGGCACUAUUCAAAUACAGCUGGCUCUCGUGACCCUCGCGAUAUUCCUGCUCUCGGUGCAAAGAUUCCUCCCGGCGGAGGUGGUAGUGUCUGGGGCCGCAUCGUCUCGGGCUCAUAUGACGAGUCUAUUCUGAUCUGGCAUAAGGAUCGCGAUGGUGCAUGGUCAAUUGGCCAACGGCUUCGUCAAGCCGAUGCCGUGGCCAAUGCUGCCCGAGGCAAUCUCAGCGAAGCUGCGCGAGCUGCAGUCUCGGCACAGGCACAGGCACAGCAACUGCAAGCCGCCCAAGUGCUGAUGACACAGCCUGCUCAAGGAUCCCAGGCACAGAACGGCGAAGCAACAACAGACGCAGAGACUGGCAGUGAAUCACCCCCUGCAACCAACAAUGCCACCCCUGCUCCAGCCGAGGGUGUCGCCAACCAACCUACCGCUACACCGGCCGUCGACGCACCUCCUCCACCUCCACCUGUCGCCUUAAUUAAUCAACACCUCAACCAACUGGCCGCUGGUCAUCAUCAUCAGCAUCUCCACGCUCACCCCCGCCGACAGCUUGCUCAGCCUCCCACGUCAAGAGUCUUCAAAGUCCAAUUCGACUCACGUAAAAUUAUCUGCGCGAGCGUAGAUCCGCGUAUCGUCGGAUGGGACUUUGCAUGCGAUGAUGAGGAAAUCAUCGAGGCAUGUCCCUUCUUCCAGGGCUUAUGA